AUGUCCGCGCCAGCCAAGGAAUCUGAACCUGAUGGCGUGGGAUACAUAGAGGCUGAUCAGGAAGAGAACAAUCUAGCAGGAGAGAGCACCGACUCGGAGAGCUCUACCGCCUCCAUAAACAGCAGCAUCCUCCGCUACCAUGAGGAAAAUGGCCGCACCUACCAUGCAUAUAAAGACGGAAAGUACGUGUUGCCUAAUGACCAAUCUGAACAGGAGCGCCUCGACCUUCAGCAUCACCUCAGUCUGCGCACACUGGAUAAUAAGCUCUACAUCUGCCCCGCAGGCCGUGAUGGUGAGAUCCCAUUGCGCAACGUCCUCGAUCUCGGCACCGGAACUGGAACUUGGGCUCUCGACUUUGCCGAACAGAAUCCUGAGACUCAAGUAUAUGGCGUCGAUUUAAGUCCUAUCCAAAGCCCAUUUGUACCGCCCAACGUCACCUUCCAGGUCGAUGAUGUUGAGGAUCAGUGGAUGUAUAACACUAAAUUCGACUUUAUUUACAGUCGCCACAUGACAUGUUCCAUAUCGGACUGGUCGCGCUACUUUGAGCAGUCCUAUACGAACUUGAACCCCGGCGGCUACAUGGAGAUAAUGGACAUUGGUGCUGUGACGUGCGAUGAUGGUACUCUGAAGAAGGACGGAUUCCUAUCUCGUUGGGUUGACCUCUUCAUUGAAGGCACCAGCAAAAUCGACAGAUCGUUUCUAGGAUAUCAGGCCUACUAUGAAAAGAUGGAAGCUGCCGGCUUCGCAAAUCUUAAAAAGGUUAUGUAUAAAUGGCCAACAAAUCGAUGGCCUAGAGACCCAAAGCACAAGGAACUCGGAUCAUGGUGUUACGAGAAUAUUAGCUCUGGUCUCCAAGGAUUGAGCGCUGCUGUGUUCACCCGGAUCCUAGGCUGGAGCCCAGAGGAGAUGAAUACGCUACUUGAAGGUGUCGAACGGGAAUUGAGGGAUCCCACUAUCCACGCUUAUUGGCCAAUCACGGUCGUUUACGGUCAAAAGCCUCGGGCACCAUAG